AUGACCCUCCCCGGCGACCGACGGCAGCCGCCACCUCCACCAACAGUCCCCCUCUGCCUUGCGCCGUCGACCGCCAACAGCCUCGUCGAUUACGUCAAUACCGUCGCCACAGUUUGCCGCCACUGCCAUCCCUCAACCAACUCCACCACCGCCACCAUAGACCCGCUGACGGUGCACCACAAAACUCGCCAUUGCCGACCUCUGCUAUCUCUCCACCAUAUCUCCGCCGCUGUCACUGUAGCAUCUCGCUUGAAGGCAGUAUCCCGUAGAAAAUCGAGCACCGGUAUUGGAUCUGGCGGGUGGUUCAUCGGCAAGAUCCCGAGCAACAUCUGA